UCACUCGAGAAGGAAGACACAGCCAUUUUGUCGGCGCCUCGAUGUGCUGAGACUUGAUAUUAACACCAUUUAAGAGAAAAAUAGCGCAUUUCUGUAUACAUUUUGUCAAGUUCAAUACAUGUAAACAUAUCUUUUCGAAAUGAGUUACGUUGACGAUCAUGCAACAGCAAAAGAACUUGAUACAUGGAUUGAACAACUUUAUGAUUGCAAACAACUGACCGAAAAUCAAGUCAAAACAUUGUGUGAAAAGGCUAAAGAAAUACUGUCAAAGGAAUCAAAUGUCCAGGAAGUUAAAUGCCCAGUCACUGUGUGUGGGGAUGUCCAUGGCCAGUUCCAUGAUUUGAUGGAAUUGUUUAGAAUUGGAGGAAAAUCACCCGACACUAACUACUUGUUCAUGGGAGACUAUGUAGACAGAGGAUAUUACUCUGUAGAAACUGUAACACUUUUAGUAGCGUUGAAAGUGCGAUGGAAAGACAGAAUAACAAUUCUAAGAGGAAAUCAUGAAAGUAGACAAAUUACACAAGUAUAUGGCUUUUACGAUGAGUGCUUGAGAAAGUAUGGUAAUGCAACAGUAUGGAAAUAUUUCACAGAUUUAUUUGACUAUUUACCACUUACAGCUUUAGUAGAUGGACAAAUAUUUUGUUUACAUGGUGGGUUAUCACCUUCAAUAGACACAUUAGAUCAUAUACGAGCAUUAGAUAGAUUACAAGAAGUUCCACACGAGGGUCCCAUGUGUGAUUUGUUGUGGUCAGAUCCAGAUGAUAGAGGAGGCUGGGGUAUAUCUCCUCGGGGUGCUGGUUACACAUUUGGUCAUGAUAUAUCCGAGACAUUUAAUCAUAGUAACAAUUUAACUCUGGUAUCUAGAGCACAUCAGCUUGUCAUGGAGGGCUACAACUGGUGUCAUGAUAGGAAUGUCGUUACUAUAUUUAGUGCACCAAAUUACUGCUACAGAUGUGGAAACCAAGCAGCAAUAAUGGAAUUAGAUGAUGCCCUUAAAUAUUCAUUUUUACAAUUUGAUCCUGCUCCAAGAAGAGGAGAACCUCAUGUGACUAGGAGAACACCCGACUAUUUCUUGUAAACUUUUCAUCUUUAGUGCUAUCUCUGGACAGAUAUGGUGCAUCCACCAUUACACAUCUCUCUCCUAGCCUUGAUAUUGUGUUUAGAAAUUAUAGCCCAGCAUUUUGUAAUGCACAUUGGACUGAGGGGUAUUUUUUUUUCUGCAAUCAAUAUGUUUAAAUGUUCAAUUUUAAUGUUGUUUUUCCAGGCAGAGUUGUGUCUGAAAACUUGUAAAUUCAUUCUUUUUAAAUGUUGAUUUACAAAUGUGCAAUGUCAUUCAUGUAAAUUGUUUUAGAAAAGUUCUCAAAAAAAUAGCAGAAAAUUGUGAUUUUGUGUCAAAUUGUAGUGUUCAUAAUUUUAUAUUUUUGUAAAGAAUGAGUGACAUAGACUCUCCCAGGUAUUUCUUAUUUUACCUGUCGAGCAUAUCACAUGAGAAGAACAUAUGCAUUCAUUUCUUCGACCUACAUUUCUUUCAUAGUAGAAACUAACAAUUUAUAGCAUGAAUAAUUUGACAUUGCAUUUGAAUUGGAGGUAUAUGUUUUAUUUUAAUACUUGCUCAUGCAAAUUUUAAUUAAAUUUAUUAUAAGUUCCAGUGGAAUUGCAGCAGUAAAAUAAUAUAUUGAUGUCAGCAAGUAUUCAAAUAAAAUCCAACUGUCCCCCUGCUAUUAUGCUGGAUAACAUUUCAUAGAGCAUUCUAAGUACCUUUUCUUUUAUAUCUGCAAAUAUAUCAAUUUUGUAUACAUAGUGAAAUGGAUUCAAGGUAAUCAACAUGUAAUGGCUUUUUAAAACAAAUGAUUGGGUUUUUUCAAAUUUACGAAAUUUUUAUGAGACACAUCUAUCAUAUGAUUUUUUCUUAAUGUUCGUGAUUUGUACAUUUGUUUUGCUGUUUCAAAAUAUGCCUAUUAAUGACAUUGCUAAUUAUUUGUGUAGCCAGAAUGAAUUAUAAUACUGAUUCAAAACAUUUUAUUUAACAAAUGUGUGUAAUGGUGGAAGAAAUUUUAUUAGUGGAAUUCUCCAUGUUCAGUAAGUUCCAGAAGCUUGUUUUGAAUCAGUAUUGAAUUUAAAAUGAAUGUUGCAGAAUGCUUUAGAACAAAUUUGAUUUUAUAUAAUGCUCUAUUUAUUUGAAAGAUUUGUUUUUAUGAACAAGAUAGGUCAGAAAGGCUUUAUUUGUCCCAAGCCAAUUAUUGUGUUGAAGUAAAAAGUUAUUUUUUGAUUGCCAGAUGGAAAUGGAAACUAAGGCAAAUGACUUAAUGUAUUAUAAAUAACUCAGAAAAUAAAUAUUGAAUAUAUUA